CGUGGUCAGCGUGUACGCUCCCUCCUCCCCCACCGGACGCAGGCGCAGCACCCGGAAACGGGCUCUUCGUCCGCUUCUCACUGGCAGGACGCGGGAGCGAGGCUCGGCGACAGACACCCCCUCCCCCUCCCUCCCCCAGCCCGCUUCAGCGCCGCGCGGGAGGAGCCGGUAAGGAGCGGGAGGGGUUCGUCCGCGCGGGGACCCCCUCUGCACAGAGCCCCCACCCGUCCCGCAGAGCUCCCCCCGUUCUCUUUGGGGCAGAGAGCGGAGAAGCCAAGGAGCUGCUACAGUGGAAUGCUUUGUUAUGAAAAGUUCUUAUUGCACAAGACACCAUCGAUUCCUAAUUAGAGGGUUAGUAAUAUUCAAUCAAGAGACUGCAUUUUCUGAAUAUCCCAAAGUGGUUAUAAUUAAAACUAAGGAUACGUAAACACGGCACAAGUUAGAAGACUGACGAGGGAGGACGGUCAACUGAGAAGAGGUUUACACAACCUCAGUUUCAUCUAAACAUCAUGGGAGAGAUUAAAGUCUCUCCUGACUAUAACUGGUUCAGAAGUACAGUUCCUCUUAAGAAGAUCAUAGUAGACGAUGAUGACAGUAAAGUGUGGUCAUUAUAUGAUGCAGGAUCCAAGAACAUCAGGUGCCCACUCAUAUUUCUUCCACCUGUAAGUGGAACUGCAGAUGUGUUUUUCCAGCAGAUUUUGGCACUGACUGGAUGGGGUUACAGAGUUAUUGCUUUGCAGUAUCCAGUGUAUUGGGACCACCUUGAGUUCUGCGACGGAUUCCGAAAACUACUAGACCACCUACAACUGGAUAAAGUUCACCUUUUUGGCGCUUCUUUGGGAGGCUUUUUGGCUCAAAAAUUUGCUGAGUAUACACACAAAUCCCCCAGAGUUCAGUCUCUGAUCCUGUGUAAUGCUUUUAGUGACACUUCCAUUUUUAACCAGACCUGGACUGCGAACAGCUUUUGGCUAAUGCCUGCAUUUAUGCUGAAGAAAAUUGUUCUUGGAAACUUUGCUUCUGGUCCUGUAGAUCCUGUAAUGGCAGAUGGAAUCGAUUUCAUGGUUGAUAGGCUGGAAAGCCUGGGCCAGAGUGAGUUAGCAUCGAGACUUACCCUCAACUGCCAGAACUCCUAUGUGGAACCUCAUAAAAUUCGAGACAUUCCUGUAACUAUUAUGGACGUGUUUGACCAGAGUGCACUUUCAACUGAAGCGAAAGAAGAAAUGUACAAACUGUACCCCAAUGCCAGAAGAGCUCACCUUAAAACAGGAGGCAAUUUCCCUUAUCUCUGCAGAAGCGCUGAAGUCAAUGUCUAUAUCCAAAUACACUUACUGCAGUUCCAUGGUACACGAUAUGCAGCCAUUGAUCCUUCUAUGGUUAGUGCAGAAGAACUAGAAGUCCAGAAAAUCAAGCUUCACAGCAGCAGUGAACAAGAGCAGCAGUAGCUUUCUCUCAAUCAGUUAAAGCAGUGAACCAAUCUGGUUGUCUUCCUGUAUAUAAUCCGCUGUUUCCAAUCUGCCUUUUUUUACGUUAGCCGGUUAUCACUGUGCAACUCCAACAGGGUUGAUAUUAUUCAGCGUAAUGCAACCGAGAACGGUAAUCUACAGCAGUGUAACAGGAUACUUUGGUUUAAGUUUGUCUUUGAAUGUAAGGAAGUACCUUUGAGAAGACUCCAGUUUUAAAGAAUUGAGAUACAUUUUGCUACCAAAGUCUUCACCACUACGUUCUUAAAACAGAACCCCAUUUCUUUUUUAUAUUUUUAUUUAGCUGUAUAUAUUGCACAUGCAGGUUGUGUACUUAAAAGCUCAUUUAUAAUUUUGUUGAAUAUUUGGAUUAAAAAAAUGCUGAAGUGCCAAUGUGGACAUCACUUAUUUGCUUCAUAAGUUGUGUUGCAAAUUAGUUACUUUAUUUCUACCUGAAAUAUGAAGCAUUACAGUUUUUAACUUGCUAGCUGUAACAAUGGUUUUCAAUAAAACUUCAAUUUCAACAA